AAAACCCCUAGGAUCUCUACUAGCGGGCUGGGAGAGGGUGAGCGGCUCUGGCCCUUGGCUCUGAACACCUCUCGGUGAAGCUGCUCGGCCCCGAGUCGGCGGCGUGGGAAAGCUGGCUGUCUCUUCCGUGGGCGUGGGCGGAGGCUCUGCAUAAACUCCAGUGGCAGCCUCAGACCUGAACCCCAUCGGGGACUGGGAGCACCUCGUCCUGGAGUCAGCCCAGGUCAACUUAGGGGCCGUUGGCACCGGGCGCCCAGGUGGCGGGCUUCGCUGGGCUUGGACGCACAGCCUUUGUUUCCUUACUUUGCUGGAGACCAGCGUGUUGGAGUCAGCAUUUAUGCAGACCAGGACUGCUGCCUCUUUCUCCAGCUGUGUAUCUCUGCCUGAGCAGUUGCUUUGAUCCAUGUGGUCCAUCUUUGAGAUUCACUCCUUACAAGUGCCCUCAGCAUGUCAUCAGCAGCAAAAUCCCAACUGCUGGAGGAGACAGCGCCUGGCUGUGAAGAAGAGCCGAAAGGGAAAACACUUCUCACUUGGGGAUCUCUUUUUGGUCACCGGAGCGAGAAGAUUGUCUUUACCAAAGGUGAUGGCAGCCCAGAGGAGAGCCUGCUCACUGUCACCAUCACGGAGACUACUGUCAUUGAGUCGGACCUGGGCGUCUGGAGUUCAAGGGCUCUCAUCUACCUCACGCUGUGGUUCUUUUUCAGCUUCUGUACACUGUUCCUCAACAAGUACAUCCUGUCCCUGUUAGAGGGAGAGCCCAGCAUGUUAGGUGCUGUGCAGAUGCUGUCAACGACAUUAAUUGGAUGUGUUAAAAUAUUUGUUCCUUGCUGUUUAUAUCAACACAAAACCCGGCUCUCUUAUCCACCCAAUUUCAUCAUGACUAUGCUCUUCGUGGGCCUCAUGAGGUUUGCAACGGUGGUUUUGGGGCUGGUCAGCCUCAAGAACGUGGCAGUGUCCUUUGCUGAGACAGUGAAGAGCUCAGCUCCCAUUUUCACUGUAAUCAUGUCUCGAAUGAUUCUGGGGGAGUAUACAGGGCUGCUGGUCAACCUGUCCCUCAUCCCAGUCAUGGGAGGACUGGCAUUGUGCACUGCCACGGAAAUAAGCUUCAACAUCCUGGGGUUUUCAGCUGCAUUAUCCACCAACAUUAUGGAUUGUUUGCAGAAUGUUUUUUCAAAAAAGCUUCUCAGUGGGGACAAAUACAGGUUCUCGUAA